AUGACCAGGCCGUCGCCCUUCCUGGAGCCGGGUCUCCGGACCUCGGCGAAUUCUCUCGCCAUUGUUGGCCUGUCGCGUGACAACUACCAACCCAUCACCCUCGAGCAGUCCUCCGGAGCCGUCGACGGAUACGCAGAGGGCGCGACGCUCAACACGAGAUUCGGGUCGUUUCCUCACUCUACUCUCAUCAAUGUGCCAUGGGGCUCGCAAGUCCGCGCGUCGCUCGUCGACACGGGAUCGCGAGGGCGCAAGCGAAGGCGGGAGGACGUGGAGAGCGAGAGCACGCCCAUGCCGAGCCAGGACGAAACCGACGACAAGUCUGGGCAACAAGGCCUGGCAAAAGCAGUGACCGCAUCUAGUGGAUUCAUCUAUCUCCUGCGGCCCAGCCCCGAGCUGUGGACGAGUGGCCUGCCGCACCGAACGCAGGUCGUCUACACUCCCGACUACAGUUACGUCCUUCAGCGCAUUCGAGCCAGGCCAGGCACGCGGAUAAUAGAGGCAGGCGCUGGCAGCGGCAGCUUCACCCACGCCUCUGCGCGAGCAGUCUACAAUGGGUAUCCCCGCGGCGACACGGACAAGAAGGGCAAGGUCUUUUCCUUCGAGUACCAUCAGCCGCGCUUCGAGAAGAUGCAGGAGGAGAUAAAAAAUCACGGCCUAGAUGGCAUCGUCCAUAUAACGCACCGCGACGUAUAUCAGGAGGGGUUUCUGAUAGACGGCAAGUCGCCUCAGGCCACGGCCAUCUUUCUCGAUUUGCCUGCCCCAUGGGAAGCUCUGCACCACUUGUCAAGGCGAAAGAUUCACAAGGGCGGCAAGCCGGACGACAGCGAUGACGCCUGGGAAUCACCUCUGGAUCCGAAGCAAAGCGUCCACAUCUGUACCUUUUCACCGUGCAUAGAGCAAGUCACCAGGACGGCCCUGGAGCUUCGCACCUUGGGGUGGACCGACAUUGAUAUGGUGGAAAUCGCCCACAAGAGAAUCUCCGUCCUGCGAGAACGAGUUGGAAUCAAUUAUACCAGCGAACGAGGCAUCAACGCCACGCCCGCCGACGUCACGGAAGCGGUCAAGAAGCUCAAGAGCGACCUCAAGCGGACGCAUGAGUUUCACAAAGGACACAAGCCUGACAACGUCUCCGAGUCGUCCGACACCAAGAUGGACACGGACGAUGGGGUAUCAAAGCCCGAGAAGAACGGAGCCGACGACCCAGAGGUACCGAGCGAGCCUCCUUUCAUGCAGGGCCGCGUCGUUCACCGCACCGAGAAUGAUAUCAAGACCCACACGUCCUACCUGAUGUUUGCCGUCCUACCACCAGAGUGGGACGACGAGGCAGAGGCUGCGGCCCUGGCAAAGUGGCCCUGCGGCCAGGAGAAGAAGACGAUCGGCAAUCUGGACAAGCAGGCGCGGAAGCAGGAGAAGAGGGAGAUGUUGGCAAGCAAGAAGUCGAAGAAGCAGAAGGUGGAUGAUACCCGGGCACCGGCGUCUACGUGA